ACUAUAAAUCUCAGCUUUUAGAUUUAUUUUCGAAGAGCACAGAUAAAACUAAAGAAAGCGGAUAUUGUUAUCUUCAGCAGUUAGUACUCAGUGAGCCCUGGACCUGAAACCUUUAAAUUCGAGAAAAAUGGAAGGUAGCUCCGUUCUCAGCUUCACUUCUUCGAAAACCCAUCUCAAAUUUGGUUUCUAUAACUAUUAUACAUCUUUUAGACUGCCUCUAUUCGUUAAUUUCCGUCACAAACACAUCAAGAACUCUGGCUCCUUCACCAAAAGUAGUGUUCUCGUAACGCCCCCUCGAAAUUCCCUUCUUUCUCCUGCUUUGGCCGCUGUGGAUGCUUUAGACAAAACCUCAGAUUCGUUGUCUUCUUCAAAAGAAAUGUUGCCCAAAAUUGAUAAGAGUGGAAGGUUUUGUAGUCCGAGAGCUGCCAGGGAACUUGCUUUAUUGAUAGCUUAUGCCUCUUGUUUAGAAGGGUCCGAUCCAGUUCGGCUACUCGACAAACGAGUGAAUGCGAAAAGAGAACCCGGGUAUGAAUUUAACAAGGCACUAUUGUUGGAAUACAAUCACAUGAACUUUAGUGGCCCCCCUGUCUCUACGGAGACGGAAGAAGAAGCAGAGGAGCUUCUACGCAAGAAUGAAAAGGAGUCUGCAACUGAAGCAGAAGUCCUCUCAGCUCCUCCAAAGUUGGUAUACAGCAAACUAAUUUUACGUUUCACAAAGAAACUUUUGGUUGCAGUUGUGGAUAGAUGGGACAAACAUGUCCUUAUUAUUGACAAAAUAGCCCCUCCAAGUUGGAAGAAUGAGCCUGCUGGCAGGAUCCUGGAGCUUUGUAUUCUUCACUUGGCAAUGGCUGAAAUAACAGUUCUAGGAACGCGACACCAAAUUGUCAUUAAUGAGGCGGUUGAUCUUGCAAAACGGUUCUGUGAUGGAACAGCACCACGCAUAAUCAAUGGGUGCCUCAGGACUUUUGUGAAGGAUCACAGUGGCACAAAUAAGGAGCAGCCCAUGGAAAAGCAAAAUCAUGAUGUGCCUGUGGGUGAAGAUAAAGUGCUUCAAGGAUGUGAUUGAUAUUUAUGGACUUGGAUAUGUGCUUCAGUUUCUACAUUCUUGCUGUCAACCCCCCUCUGCUGGAAUGCGCUAGGAACCAAACUGGGGAUUUGUGAGUUGUUUUAUUAGUGCAGGAAGAAACUAGCGAGAGUAAAACACAUUCCAAUCCUGUGUCAGCAAAAUUCCAUGUCAGGAGAUGAGAAACAGGCCCAAAUUUUAUUGUCACGACAAAGAUGUACUUCAAAUUUAGAUGAAUUGUGUUUUGUAGAGUGCAGAUUAUAUAGGAAAAAAUUAAUGACGAUAUCUCUUCGUGUUUGUUUCUGUAUGAAUUUUCAAGCAAUUCAAUAGUGGGUUCUCUCAA